AGCGCCAAUUUUCACAGGGAAGCCAGGAUCCACUGCACAUGAUCCCCAUCCGCAAGGGCAACCGCGGUGGGACUCCCGGUCCCAGAGCAGGAGCCAACUAGAGCGGCACCUCGAUUUCAAAUUUACUUCCAGUGAUCCUUAGCAGUUCGACCCUGCCGAAAGAUUUCGUCACAGGGUUCACUGAGUCAAUUAAUUUGAAUUUUCCAUAAUAAAUGGCAGAACAAUCUCAAUCCAUCCCAUCGCCAUCGCCACCCAUGGACCUCCCCGCCCUUCGCAGUCGAUUGGAGGAGCUUGCAGAGCUUCACAAGCGUUGCAGCGAAGACGUCCCUGAAUUAAACUCUUUGGACGCAGAGAAAUUACUGCAGGAUUCUGCUCUUGAAUUGGAGAGUAGAAUACAGCAGAUUGUGUCCGAAUGCUCGGAUGUGGGUUUCUUAGUAGACGGUGAUACGGAUGCCUACUUUGAGCUUUUGAAAGAGGAACAUAACAAGGUGGAAGUUGAAAGCUCCGAUAUAGCUAAAGAGCUUGAGCGGCUUACCAAAAUGCAUAAAGAAGAAUCCAGCCUGUUGGAGGCUAAACUUGAAGAACUGAAAUGCUCUUUAGAUUAUGUCUCAUUAAAGGACCUAAAGACUGCAUGGGCAAGCGAAGGUGUUGAUGCUCAUAUGCUGGUCGAUAACCAGUCAACUUUGACCACUGCACAUGAAGACAAUGAGUUAGAGGUCUUUUUGACUAAUCACGUUACUUCUCUAUCUGUUUGCUUCGUGAGGAUUGUACGACUGUUAGAACUUGAUAAUAAGAUUGAUGAAAUGAAGUCAACUGUCAAGUCUCUGCAGGAUAUUAAGCAUAUGGUCAAGUGGUUUGAUGUAGUAGAGCAGAUUGAGGAUGCGUUGAUGGGUCUAAAAGUGCUUGCGUUUGAUGAGAAUUGCAUUAGGUUGUCACUACAAACCCACAUGCCAAACAUUGAUGCAGCUGAAGUGAACCAUGAGUUACUAAUCGAAGUUUUAGAAGGGACUAUGAAGUUAAAGAAUGUUCAGGUUUUUCCAAAUGAUAUAUAUGUGAGCGACAUUGUUGAUACAGCAAAAUCUCUCAGCAAUUCUUCAUUGCAGUGGCUUAUAAGAAAAGUUCAAGAUAGAAUUAUUCUUAGCUCACUUAGGCGUCUUGCAGUAAAGGAUGCUAACAAAUCAAGAUAUUCGCUUGAAUACUUGGAUAGAGAUGAAACUAUUGUAGCUCACGUGGCUGGAGGAAUUGAUGCAUUCAUAAAGUUAUCUCACAAUUGGCCGCUAUUUGGUCCUCCAUUGAAGCUUAUAUCUCUCAAGGGAUCAGAUAAUCUGAAGGAAAUUUCUCUUAGUUUUCUCUGCAAAGUUGAGAAAUUGGCCAAUUCAUCAGAUUCUCAUAUUCGGCAACAUGUACCAAGCUUCGUGGAUGCCAUCGAAAAGAUACUGAUAGAACAGAUGCAGUCAGACCUUCAUGCCGAUGAUAGUUCGGCCCAUUGAUAUUUGCGAUACUUAAGAUUAGACAUGCCUCUAGAGUCCAUUUGUUUUUGGACUUUUGUAUUACUAAUCGUUCGUUCAAGUUCUUGAAAUCAUUUCUCUGUCCAAAAAAAAAAAAAACAAAAGAGUUCUUGAAAUCAUUUUUAAUCAAGCAUACUUCCGCACGUGUAUUAAUCAAGAUUCAUAACAGUUAGGAGGAUGACAAUUUGAAUGGGAACAUUGAUGAUUGAACGAUUCAUCAGUUAA